GACCUCGCGAAGAGGGCCGAGGACGCUGGGGUCGCAGUUAUUGUAUACAUGGAUGAGAGCUUUGUUCACCAGGCGCAUGGUUCCGCGUACUCGUACUUUCCUUCUGACGAUAAGGGGGUUGUGCAGGAUGGGACAGGCCGUACAACGGGGAAAUGUUUGCGUAUGAUCAUGGUGCAUGCGAUCACGAAGCACAGGCCCUUGGAGGGAUUUCCUAUCCGUGAGGGUUGGUUCAAGGCUAAGGAAAAUCGUGCGAAGAAGAUUAAGCCUGGCGAGGCGGAUUUCGAAAUGUCAGAUGAGCAGACAGCAGAAUUUCUGUGGCAGGCCAAGUUGGCAACCGGAGAUUAUCAUAACGCCAUGACGGAUGGGAUGUUCAUGCAGUGGUUGAAGCACCGACUUACCCCGGCCUUCGAUGCGCAUUCAAGAACAAGAAGAUGUUUCUCGUUCUCGAUAACGCCUCAUACCACCACUGCUUUGACGAGGAGGUUAAGGUGCCCGAAACCAACAGUAAGAAGUACAACGUCGAACUCUUGCGCAAGUACGGUUGCAGGUCGUUCAAGGUGACGCGUGAGUCGGAGGGUAAGGCUGCUGAGUACAACUUUGAGGUCCCGGCGCAGGGGUCGCUACCCAAUGCGAACCGCAAGAAUGGCGUCAGCAAAGAAGAGAUAGCCUCCGUCACUCGGACGUACUUCAAAAAUAGUUUCCCACAAUAGGUCGAGGAAAAGGCUGAGACGUACAUGAGGGAGAAGGGGUGGGGGUUAAUUUGGACACCGCCGUACAUGCCGACUUUCCAGCCGAUCGAGCUGUUCUGGCAGCACGGCAAGCAUUACGUGAGCAUUCAUUUUGAGAAGGGGCGGAACAUGUUGGAUGUCUGGAAGAAAAUCUGUCUCGGUUGGUAUGGAGACCUGGAAUGAGACGGUCAGGAGGGGGGGUGGAAGGCAGCCAACUGUGGAAAGUUGGUGCAGCAUGCCAUUGGCAAGAUGGAAGAGUGGAUCGGCCUGUAUGGUGGAAACCUGAGCCGCACGGUCGGUAGCCUUGAUAUCCAGUGGCAGAGUACCAAGAGGCUACGGCCGAGGAUGAGAUAGAGGAUGGGGUGGAGGAGCAGACGGAUGAGUGGCUGGGUGAGGACGCAGAAGAUGCCAUUGAGGGCUGAAAAAAAUGCUAAAAACAAAUGCCCUUUUUUGAGCCAAUAUUUUUCGACUUUGAUUCCCGAACAGCGACAAUAAGGGGCUGCACAGAAGGCGCCAUUCUGAGUGCAAGCUGAAAUAUUGUUUGAUAUUUAGCAAUUGAGAUGGCUGUAUCAUCCUGUUCAACCAAUAUAUGGAUCACUUGUGCAAGCCCUGGGGCCGCAUCGUUGGAACACCGCGCUUCAAUAUUUUUGGAACUUCGCCGGGUAUGAUAACACACUAAUUUCGUAAUACU